UGCACGGACAUGGCGGCGGAGUUAGAUGGUGGCCCGAGGCCGGACGUCGGGGCCCAGCGGGCAGAGCUGGGGCCGCUGCUAGGGAUAGCUCUGAGGCCGGGCGAGUCCUGGUAUUUGAUUGACAGUCGGUGGUUCAAACAGUGGAAGAAGUAUGUGGGUUUUGACAGCUGGGACAUGUACAACGUGGGUGAGCCUAACCUGUUUCCUGGACCCAUCGAUAACUCUGGACUCUUUGCAGAUCCAGAAAUACAGACCUUAAAAGAACAUCUCAUUGAUGAGCUGGAUUAUGUGUUGGUUCCCACUGAAGCCUGGAAUAAGCUAGUGAACUGGUAUGGCUGUGUAGAGGGGCAGCAACCUAUUGUAAGAAAAGUGGUGGAGUACGGUCUGUUUGUGAAGCACUGUAAAGUAGAAGUUUACCUCCUCGAACUGAAGCUGUGUGAAAAUAGUGAUCCUACCAAUGUGUUGACCUGCCAUUUCAGCAAAGCAGACACCAUUGCCACCAUUGAGAAGCAAAUGCGACAGUUGUUUAAUAUCCCCAGUGAGAAGGAAACUAGGUUAUGGAGUAGGUAUAUGAGUAAUGCCUAUGAGCAGGUCAGCAAUCUGGACAGCACUGUACAAGAUGCAGGGCUCUAUCACGGUCAGGUGCUGUUAAUAGAAAUGAAGAAUGAAGAUGGUACAUGGCCUAGGCAGUCUCUUCCGGCAAAAUCAAGCACUGCAACUAGCAGAAAUUUUACUGCUACUUCAGCAUCAUCAAUAAAUUCUUAUUCCUCAAUGUCUGUCUCUUCUGCCAUUGCAAAUGGUGAUAGCAAUAACUCCUUUGGACUGACCAGCUCCAGCCUUGGCAGGGGAGUCUCUGGCUUCUCCUACAGCUGCAGGGAGUCCCCUUCCCAGUCACAGCCCGGCAUCUGUGGGCUCAGUAACUUGGGAAACACCUGCUUCAUGAACUCUGCAUUACAGUGUUUGAGUAACACCCCACCUCUGACUGAGUAUUUCCUGGAAGAUAGAUAUGAGGCUGAAAUAAAUCAUGACAAUCCUCUGGGGAUGAGAGGAGAAAUUGCAGAAGCCUAUGCAGAACUUAUUAAGCAGAUGUGGUCUGGGAGACACUCUCACGUGGCACCACGUAUGUUCAAAACCCAGGUCGGCCGUUUUGCCCCUCAGUUCUCAGGGUACCAGCAGCAAGAUUCUCAGGAGCUCUUGGCAUUCCUCCUGGAUGGCUUGCACGAGGAUCUGAACCGAGUGAAGAAGAAACCCUACUUGGAGCUCAAGAAUGCCAAUGGCAGGCCUGAUUUGGUGGUGGCGAAAGAAGCCUGGGAGAACCAUAGAUUAAGAAAUGACUCUAUCAUCGUGGAUAUUUUUCAUGGCCUUUUCAAAUCCACCCUGGUCUGUCCAAAAUGCUCUAAAGUUUCUGUGACUUUUGACCCUUUCUGCUAUUUAACUCUUCCACUGCCCUUGAAGAAAGAUCGUUCCAUGGACGUUUCUCUGGUUUUUGCAGACCUGCAUCGUAGACCUACCCAGUAUCGGGUAGUUGUGCCAAUGAUGGGGGCUGUAUCAGACCUGUGUGAAGCUCUUUCCAAACUCUCCAAGAUCCCUGCAGAAAAUAUGGUGGUGACAGAUGUUUAUAAUCACCGAUUCCACAAAAUUUUCCAAAUGGAUGAAGGGUUAAGUCACAUCAUGCCAAAAGACAACAUCUUUGUAUAUGAAGUUUGCAAGUCAAGCGAGGAUGGCGCUGAGUGCAUCACUCUUUCUGUAUACUUCAGAGAAAAGAGAAUAAGACAGUCCAGCACUUCUUCGGGGACUGUUCUUUGUGGGCAGCCACUGCUAAUCUCUGUGCCCAAACACAAGCUCACUCUGGAUCACUUGUACAGUGUUGUUUUCGAACAGAUUGGCCACUACAUUAAAUUCCCUCUGACAAAAGAAUAUUCUAGUGUAUGCCUGGACAGUGGGAUCUGCAAUGGCUCCAGUCGUGGCUGCGAAGUUGAAGAGAUGGAACAUCAAGAUGGAGAUGAGGAGGGCAGGGAAAAAGCCUCAGAAACAGAUUCCUGCCAGUCAGAGGGCUGUGCACAUGAUUUGCUGGGGAAGGAAGGGCAGCAUCACAAGAAGCAUCUGUUCACCUUUAGCCUUGUGAAUUCCUAUGGGACCUCUGAGAUAAACUCAAUUACAACAGAGGGGAAACUUCUAAAACUGAACUCCUAUGCCACCCUUGCUAUUGACUUGGAUCCAGACACUCGGAAGCUGCUGUUUGAUGAACAAGAGUCACAGGCAUUUGAAAAGGAUGAAAGUAUGUUGCAGUCACAGAAGAAGAAAACUACUGUCGCUCUUAAAGACUGUAUAGAACUCUUUACUACAAUGGAAACGCUUGGUGAACAUGACCCUUGGUACUGCCCUAACUGCAAGAAGCAUCAGCAGGCCACAAAGAAGUUUGAUCUAUGGUCUUUGCCCAGGAUUUUGGUGGUGCAUUUAAAACGCUUCUCGUACAACAGAUACUGGAGGGAUAAACUUGACACUGUGGUUGAAUUCCCCAUCAGGGAUUUGAGCAUGUCUGAGUUUGUCUGUGACCCAAUAGCUGAUCCGUAUGUGUAUGACCUCAUUGCAGUGUCCAAUCACUAUGGAGCUAUGGGAGUAGGCCACUAUACUGCAUAUGCAAAGAACAAAGUGAAUGGCAAAUGGUACUACUUUGAUGACAGCAGUGUAUCAGUGGCUUCUGAAGAUCAAAUAGUGACGAAAGCUGCAUAUGUGCUAUUCUAUCAGCGGCGGGACAGCAAGCAGCACGUAGCCCCGUCUCUGCCUGCAGAAAGUGAGCUGGCAUCGGAAGAGUGUGAUGGCAUGGAUACCAACUGAGCCCAGCCUGCUGCGCUCAG